AUGCCGAGGUCUUUUCUCGUGGAUUCCUUGAUUUUAAGGGAGGCCAACGACAAGGGCAACGAGAACAACCCACCUUUAUUCCCGUACGCCGUGCACUCACAGCACCACCCGCACGGGCUAGCGGGCUCGUGCCACUCCAGGAAAGCCGGGCUGCUGUGCUUCUGUCCGCUGUGCAUGACCGCAUCCCAGCUCCAUCCGUCUCCACCAACUCUGCCGCUUCUCAAGGCGUCUUUUCCUCCCUUCAGCGCACAGUACUGUCACUCAGCUCUGUCCAGGCAGCACUCCUCAUCCAACAGCGUCAACCUCAGCCACGGACCUGGGAUAUACCAGGCUGCAUAUUCAGUUCCAGACCCAAGACAGUUCCACUGCAUCUCUAUCGAAAACAGUAACGGCAAACUUCAGAGCAGCAAGCGCAUGCGCACGGCCUUCACCAGCACGCAACUUUUGGAGCUGGAGCGCGAGUUUACCUCCAACAUGUACCUGUCCAGACUGAGGCGCAUCGAGAUCGCCACGUACCUGAACUUGUCCGAGAAACAGGUGAAAAUCUGGUUCCAGAACCGCAGAGUGAAGCACAAAAAAGAGGGCAAGAGCAGCGGCCAAAGGACUGGAUCACAUAACUGCAAAUGCUCGUCCCUGUCCACCGCGAGGUGCUCUGAGGAAGAGGAGGAUGACAUGCCCAUCUCUCCAUCCUCGUCCGAAAAGGAGGACGUGGACCUGUCCGUGUCCCCCUGAACUCUCUCCCCUAUCUGAAAGAUUUUGGUCCUCGUGAUUUUGAAAACAGCCAAAAAAGACUGAUCCAACUGUGCUCAGACGUCUGUACAUAAAAGAGAAUAUUUAAUCAGGGGGUUCCCCUGAACUAUUGUAUAGCUGUAUACAUGUUGU